AUGGCAGCACGCCGCGCCGCCGCACCGGUCUGGCGCGCGCUCGGCUGCGGCGCCGCCGCCGCGUGCAGCAGCCACCUGUCGGUGCUGGAGCUCUUCGGCGCCGCUGCGGCAGCCUCCCGCCUGCUGUCCACAGCCGCAGCGGGCGGUACGGAGCCUGCGCCACCCGGCGGCCCCGCUGCGCAGGAGGGUGGAGGCGACAGCGCUCCUGUGGUGAUAGCGGGCGGUGGCCCCACAGGCCUCACCACCGCCCUGCUGCUGGCCAAGCUGGGCGUGCCCAGCGUGGUGCUUGAGCGCAGCAGGGCGCUGACCGACCACCCGCAGGCGCACUUCAUCAACAUGCGGUGCAUGGAGGUGCUGCGUGGCCUGGGAGAUCCCAACCUGGCCAGCCAGGUGGUGGCGCGCAUGCCGCCGCUGCAGCAGUGGCGGCGCUUUGUGUACUGCACAGGGCUGGGGGGCGAGGUGCUGGGCAUGGUUGACCACUUCAAGGGCCAGACCAGCCCCUACCAGCCCGCCAUCAGCCCCGAGCCGGUGGGCCACCUGGCGCAGCACCGGCUGCUGCCGCUGCUGGUGGAGGCGGUGCGGCAGCAGCCUGCCAUCGACCUGCGCAUGGGCCACAGCGUGCGGAGCUUCACGCAGUCGGCGGAGGGCGUGUCGGUGGUGGUAGACGCGGCGCCGGAUGGCAAUGGCGGCGGCGGCAACAUCUAUAGAUUAGCAGGCCAGUACUUGGCGGCCUGCGACGGCGCGCGUGGCGGCCUGCGCCAGCAGCUGGGCAUCGGCAUGGGGGGCCCCGGUGCCAUCCAGCACCUCAUCAACAUCCACUUCCUCUCGCCCCAGCUGGGCGCGAUGCUGCGGGGGCGGGGGCGGGAGGGCAUGCUGUACUUUGUGUUCAACCGGGACGUGAUUGCGGUGGUGGUGGCGCACAACCUGGAGGAGGGGGAGUUUGUGGCGCAGGCGAGGGGAGCUGCUCUGCGCUUUGCCGUGCCCUACUUCCCGCCACUCCAGUCGGGCGCCGACUUCACCCCCGCGCGGUGCGCCGAGAUCGUUCGCCAGGUGGCGCGCCAGGCCGACCUGGCGCUGCAGGUGCGCACCAUCCGCGCGUGGACGAUGGCGGGGCGUGUGGCGCACGCAUACUCCUCCGGGCGCGCCUUCCUGGUGGGCGACGCCGCGCACGCCUUCCCGCCCUCGGGCGCCUUUGGCAUGAACACCGGCGUCUGCGACGCGCACAACCUGGCCUGGAAGCUGGCGGCGGUGCUGGAGGGGCGGGCGGGGGCGGCGCUGCUGGACUCCUACACAGUGGAGCGCAAGGCCGUGGGCACCGCCAACAUGCUGCUCAGCGUGGCGAACUUCAACGAGGCUCUCAGGGUGCCGCAGAUCCUGGGUCUGGACUACAAGGCCGCCAACCUGCUGAGCGACGUGCUGGCGGCGCCCGUGCUGGCCUGGCUGCCGCCCGACGUGCGCCGCACGGUGCUGGAGGCGACCAUGUCGGUGGGGAAGGCGGCGGCCAGCCCCAUCAGGCGGCUGCGCCGCUCCGAGCUGGCGGCUGUGUUUGACCACGGCGAGACGCUACGCCUGCAGUUCCCCAAAGAGGACCUGGGCUAUGUGUAUGCCGCUGGCGCGGUGUGCCACAGCCCCGGGGACGCCGCCGCCCUGGCCGACUAUCAGCGCCCUAAGCCGCGAGAUGCGCCCUACACGCCCACCACCCUCGUGGGAGCCCGCCUGCCGCACGUGCCCAUCACGGUGCAGCAGCCGGGCCGGCUGCUGUCAGGCGGCGGCAGCAGCCAACACGUCUCGUCGACGAUAGACCUGCCGGCGGCGGCGGGCACCGCCCUGCUGCUGCUGCUGUCCGAGAGCCAGCAGCAGGCGGCUUGGGAGGCGGCGGCCGCGGCGGCCGAGCGCGCCACAGGCGUGCCAGUGCUGCCUGUAGUGGUUGCCCAAACCAGGGCCGGCACAAGCAGCAACCGCGCCGCAACCGGGAGCUCCCAAGGCACCACCGUGGUGCUGGACGGCGGCGACGGCGCCUGGCUGUGCCUGCGUGGCGUCGCGCCAGAUGGCGCCCUGCUGGUGCGCCCUGACGGGCAUAUCGCCUGGCGGGCGGCCAGCAGCGGCCAGGGCCAGCAGCAGCUGGCAGCGGGUCUGGAGCGUGCGGUGCGUGUGGUCAUGGCCAAGCCGCAGCGAGGCUGA